UGUUGUCUGACUCUGAUCCAAUCAAACCUAACUGCCACAAAGUUAAGCAGAGAGACAGAGGAUGAGUGGAGCAGAGAAGGUGGUGUGCGUGACGGGAGCUUCAGGUUACAUAGCUUCAUGGCUGGUGAAGCUCCUUCUCCAACGUGGGUAUACUGUCAAAGCUACAGUUCGAGACCCAAGUCAGUGCUCUCUCUCCCUCUGCUUUUUAAUGAUGAUCCAAAGAAAACAGAGCAUUUACUUUCACUUGAUGGAGCUAAAGAAAGACUUCAAUUAUUCAAAGCAAAUUUAGUGGAAGAAGGAUCUUUUGAUUCUGUAGUUGAUGGAUGCCAAGGUGUUUUUCAUACUGCAUCCCCUGCUAUUUUAGCAGCCAGUGACCCACAGUCAGAACUAAUUGAUCCAGCAGUGAAGGGAACACUUAACGUUUUUAGAUCAUGUGCAAAAGCUGCUUCUAUCAAGAGAGUGAUUGUAACGUCUUCUCUGGCUUCAGUUAUACGCAGCAGAAGACUUCUGUCCCCAGAUGUAGUUGUCGACGAGACUUGGUUUUCCGAUCCAGUUAUGUGUAAGGAGUUGAAGCUCUGGUAUCAACUCUCAAAAACCUUAGCUGAGGAGGCUGCUUGGAAGUUUGCUGAAGAGUGUGGCAUUGACUUGGUAGCAAUAAAUCCAGGCUUUUCCAUUGGUCCCCUCAUACAGCCAACUCCUACUUCUAGUAUGAAGGUUUUUCUGGAGCUCAUGAAUGGAAGUCUAGUGUUUCCAGAUGGAAUUUACAAUUUUGUUGAUGUUAGAGAUGUUGCACAUGCACAUAUUCAGGCAUUUGAAACUCCUGCUGCCAAUGGCAGAUAUUGUUUAGUGGGAAGUGUAAUACACCAUUCAGAGACUUGCAAGAUAUUGCACAAACUUUACCACCCGAGUUUCCACCUUUCUGAAAAAGAUGAAGAUGACAAACCUUUACGUCCAUUGCACAAGGUUUCCCAAGACAAAGCCAAAAGUUUGGGUAUUAGCUUCAUUCCUUUGGAAGUGAGUUUUAGGGACACUAUUGAAAGCUUGAAGGAGAAGGGCUUCCUCACUGCCUGAAUUAUGUAGUUAUAAGGGAACUGAUGCAAAUAAGUGCUAACAAUUUGUGUAUGCAGUAUGCUCUUCUUUUUCAUCAUUUUGAACUUCAUUUUGGUUGGAUUUUGCUGGCCUUUGAAUUGCUUGAAUAAUGAAAACUGUCAAUCCAACUUGUGCUUCCCAAA